AUGUCUGGUCAUAUGCAGGAACCACGUUCGCUGGCUAGACCAAAAGCUAAAGAACUUUUUACGAAACAAGAACUUGUCGGUCGUGGUGCAUAUGGGGCUGUAUAUAAAGGCAUAAAUAAUGAGACGAAGCAAGUAGUGGCUAUAAAAGUAUUAGAUCUUGACACGGAAGAGGACGAUGUCGCAGAUAUUAGAAAAGAAAUAAAUUUAUUAUCUCAGUUGAAGCAUAGCGAGUCGCAGAAUAUAACCAGAUACUAUGGUAGUUAUCUUCAUGGAACUAAGUUGUGGAUUGUUAUGGAGUAUGCUGCGGGUGGGAGCAUAAGGGCUUUGAUGAAGGCUGGUAAAAUAGAGGAGAAAUAUAUCUGUAUAAUAACUAGGGAAGUAUUGCUAGCAUUAAGUUAUCUACACAAGUGUAAAAUAAUUCAUAGAGACAUAAAAGCCGCAAACAUUCUAUUGACGGCCGAGGGAAAGGUACAGUUGUGUGAUUUUGGAGUAGCGGGACAAUUAACUGCUACAUCAUCCAAGCGAACCUCUUUUGUUGGUACCCCAUAUUGGAUGGCACCCGAAGUCAUUAAAGAAGGUGCCGCCUAUGACACAAAGGCUGACAUAUGGUCAUUGGGUAUUACCGUAUACGAAAUAGCUACAGGAAAUCCUCCGUUGGCCGAUCUGAGCGCCAUGAGAGCUAUUCAACUAAUUCCAAAGUCUCCUCCUCCACGGUUGGAAGGUGACUUUUCGAAUCUUAUGAAGGAAUUUGUUACCGCAUGUCUAAACGAAGUUCCCGACGAGCGCCUGACUGCAGAUGAUUUGAUGAAGUUGAAGUUUAUUCGGUCGAUUUCAAAGCAACAAACUGGCAUACUCCGUGAACUUAUCACACGACAUGAAAACUGGAGACAAGUUACUGGACACCGACAUUCAUUCUCUGAUCCAUUCAAUACGCCGUCAAGUAGUAGCAGUGACUCGUAUGAUCGUGACGAAGAGCAUAAAGAUGAGAAUGACUGGAUAUUUGAUACCGUGCGCAGCAAUCAUCGUAGAUCUCAAUCCGCAAGUGCGAUUCAGAAUUCGUCUUCCGAUCCAUUGUCGCCGGUAAUAGAGAUAGACGAACACACCAGUGUACAAGAUGAUAAUUCGGAUAUAGACCCGAUGCUUACGGGUGGAAGUGAUCCGGAUAAAACCGUUCUAGCAAGAGAAGCAAAUGCUCGCCACCAGAACAUGCAACAAAAACCUUUUCUCACUCCCACUGCGCGACCGAUACCGCUAUUACAAUUGUUUGAUCGAUCAGGAGAGAGUUCGCACACAGUCGAAACGUCUCCCUAUUACAGCAUGUCUACUUCGAUGCCAUCAGUUAGCCUGAUUAAUUUAUCACCGGACAAUAACGUUCCAUCUAAAUCUCCAAAACCCAAGCCUUAUUCGACAUCAGACUCGAUGCCCAGUAAUGAUCAAGGAAGAGCAAUGAGCAUAACGACUACGAGCUCGCAAUCCACAUCUGAAGGUAAAUAUAGUAAUAGGACGUCUGUAAUAGAACUGGGCUCGCCGCUAUCAGAGUCACCUCCCAAAAUGAAUAAUGAGAAUGGUGUGUCAAAGCCACCUCGUUUGAUGAUAUCCGCAAAUGAAGAAGAAAAGGAAGGAAAUGUAAAGGCGAAGCAGAAUGACAAGGUCGUUGCGGCAUCUUCAGGAAUGUUGUCUCCUACUUCGAUUGGUGACGUGAAAAGCUCAAGAAGAGAGGGCGGAUAUUUUGCAAUUAACGCUAAUUUAAAACAUGGAGAUGAUGAUUCGUCCAACCCAGUGCCUAUUCCAUCAUCGGUGUCGUCAUCAUCUACCCAAGUGGCAAAUUCUAUCCACGCAAACGCUCAAUAUUCGUCCUCGACACCCACGAAAACUAGGCCGCAUAUAGUCAUGAGACACACAUAUGAUACCCAGGAGACUACCACAUCGCCAGUACUUCGACACAUCCCGCCUUCAAAGGCAGUUCUUAUUCCUAAGCGAGCAAGAUCAGUGACAAAUAUGAUGAAUAGGCCAAACGAAGAUUUGUUGAAUAGAAAUGGCGAUGUUGAUGGUAUGCACAGGUACAUACCACCACGACAGCGAAGCACGAGCGUGAGCAAUGUAUCGUUUAGAGAUUCAUCGCAUACUGCGUCGCAUUCUGCAGAUGACGAAAACUCGAAUCGCCACCUUCUUCCAUCACCAGUGUCAAAGUUCGUCCCAACGUCAACGCCUCCUUCGAUCUCGCCAACUUCUAUUUUAGAUGCUGGUCCAGAAAUUGACGCCAUCAGGAUGGAUAAGUAUCGUGGGGUGAAUGAAGUGCGCGAAGACUUGAAAAAGGCUACAGAAGAUCUUUCACGAUGGCUAGAGGUUUUGGAGAUUGGGAUUUCAACAAUUUUGACUAGAUUUUGA